GAAAUUUUAUAGAAGACAACCCAAACCUGAUCUCAAACUAAACAUCAAUCAUCAAAUUCAAAGAAAUUAAACCAAAACAUAAUCACCAAAAACCUUAAACUCAAAAACAGAUUGACUGUAGUCAAGACACAUUGACCUUUUCCCUGAUCAGAAGGUUCUCUGAGACAAUGGCCAUGAUCAGAGCUUCUCCAGUUACUGGUUUAAGCUUGGUGCCUAGACCAUAUUCUUCUUCUUCGAGUUCGAUUUCAUCUAACCGUGUUGUCAUGCUUAGAAGAACCCCAUUCGUCAAUGGCGGUGCGGGAUAUCUAAGACUUUCAGUGCCAACCACCCGUCCCAAUCGAUGCAUAUGUAGGGGAGCGCUUGGUACCCGAAUGAACCUUUUCAAUCGUUUCGCUAGAGUUGUGAAGUCUUAUGUAUCUUCAAUCCUUAGCUCCUUUGAAGAUCCAGCUAAGAUCAUAGAGCAAGCUGUGCUUGAAAUGAACGACGAUUUGGCCAAGAUGCGUCAGGCUACUGCGCAGGCGUUAGCAGCUCAAAAGCGAUUGGAGACCAAACAGAAAGCUGCACAACAAGCUUCUGAAGACUGGUACCGCAGGGCACAACUUUCUCUUGAGAAAGGAGAUGAGGAUCUUGCUCGAGAAGCAUUGAAGAGGCGUAAAUCUUAUGCUGAUAAUGCAACUUCUUUGAAAGCCGAGCUCGACCGGCAUAACAAAGUAGUCGACACUCUCGUCCCAAAUAUGAAGCUUUUGGAAAGCAAAAUACAAGAGGCAAAGUUAAAGAAAGACAAUCUCAUAUUUCGUUACCAGUCUGCAGAGUUUGCGACCAAGGUGAGUGGAAUGUUGGGGAACUUGAAUGCAAGCAGUGCUCUUUCAGCUUUUGACAAGAUGGAGGAAAAAGUGAUGGUGAUAGAGUCUCAGGCAGAGGCACUUAAUCAGCUAACCACAGAUGAUCUCGAAGCAAAGUUUGCAUGCCUAGAGAGCUCAACCGAUGACGAUCUAGCCAAUUUGAAGAAAGAAAUGUCAGGCAGAGGAAGAAAAGAGUUGCUUCCACCUGGUAGAUCAGCAGUCAUUGUAAUAGAUGCAGAGAUUGAAACAGAACUAGAUGAAUCAAAGAAAAAGGCGAGCAAGUACUGAACUA